AUGGAUUAUGCUGUGAGAUAAGAUUCUAUUUGGAAAGCAAUAAAAUAUGAAAAUGACAAUUAAAAUCAAAGGUAUCUAAAAAUAGAUGAUAUUCAGAUAGGAUAUGAUAAAGGUGGAUUAUUCUACUAGACAGGUAAAAAUUUAACAUAUGAUAGCUAUGAAAUACCUUCAGGGUGUCCAUACACAGGAUAAUUCAGAUUUGAUGUGCGCUGUAGAUUCUACUAUCAGCCAACUAUGAACAAUAUAUCUAUUGCAAUUUUUGAUCCUUAAGUUAUUUACAAUAAUGUAACACCUUAUUUAGGUAGUAUCUUUUGUCAAAGAAGAUUAAAGUAUUAAAACACAAACCCAAGCGAUGAUGGUGAGAUAUAUUCGUUGCUUUGUAUCACUUUAGAUAUUUCUUAAAUUUAAAAUUAUUUUACUAAUUUGACAUAAAAUUCAGUUGCUAAAAUUGUCAUAGACCCUAGAAAACUCACUAUUGUAUAUGAUUCUUAAUAAAAAAUAACUAGUGUAGGAUUAAAUACUUUGUAUAAAACUGAGAUAGAUUUAUUGGAAAAUAUAAGUGAGGUGCAAAAUAUUUUAGAAAACAUUCAAUAAAUGUCUUAAUUUGUUUUAGAUAGCUAAGAUUCUAUAAAAGAGCUAAGCUUAAGCCCAAAAUCUAUACAAAAUACCUUCUAAUACAACAGAAACGGAACAGAAUACUUUGUUUCACAAAAUCUCAUCACAGUAAUAGAUAAAGUACCAAAACGAGAGACACUAAAAAAAAUAAAUCCUUCUAAGAAAUUCUAACUCAAAGGCGUGUUUAUCUAUCUCGAUUUGAUUUCUAAAUAAUAAAUGACUCAAUAUUGUUAAAAUCUAACAAAUUCUAUUGAAAUAUUAAAUAAUGAGCAAAUUUACUGUUGUUUGUCUCUUCUAAUUAUAUUAAUUGGCUUCAAGCUCUAUUAUUCUAUAAUUUUAGGUUACCAAAUUUUAUAUCCAAUAGCUCAUUUGACAAAUGUUCUUAAAUAAAUUUAGAUUGUGAACAAAUAAGAUAAAAAGUCUGUUUUUAAAAAAAUAUUCACUUAAAAUUAUAAUUCACCCUCUUAAGCUUUAGAUAAAUUAAAACUAACAUAAUAAUCGGAUAGUGAUAGUUAUAAUUAAAUUUAAAUCAGUUUUGAUGUUGAUUAGGAUUUUGAAGGUGUUUGCUUUUCUCAAGAUACUUAAGAGUUACUUUUCAUCUUUUAAAAUAUGUUUUAAAUUUUAUUAUCAAUAAAUAAAAAUUUUUUCAGCUCAAAUGAAAGUUCCAAACUGUUAGAAUUUAAUAAAUAGCUUAACCACUUCGAAAAUAUAAAGAAUUAUAAUUCUUUGGGAGUUUGCUAUAAUAAUAUAGGAGUAAUACAUUACAAUAAUCAAAGGUACUAGGAGUCAAUAAUAAAUUUUUAAAAAUCAAUUAUAUAUGCAAACUACGAAUUAAAUGUUUAUUCUCACAAUAAUUCCAAAUAUAACAGCAGUAAUAAACACAAAUCUGAAAAUUAAAACAUAAAAUAUUCAAGCAAAUAGAACACAUAUUUGGAAUAUUUAAAUUUUUAAUAAGAAGGUGAAGAUACUUACAAUUAGAAUGAAAUUUAGGAGCUCUACGAGAAUUUGUAUAACAGAAAAUUAAAUUUAGUCAAAGCUUUAUUUCAUUUUUAUAUAUCAUACUCAGGUAUGUGGGAUAUUUUCUAAGAAAUGAUUUCAGAUUUGUUGUAUUUGACUAAGAACUUUUUAGGAAAAUCAAAUGAAAGAGAAAUGCUAACUUAUUUUGUAAUGCUAAAGGGUUUUUACUUUAGUAAAGAUUUAUCAAGUGCUAAAGAUACUUUGAAUAUACUAACCGAUUUAUAUUCAAAGAAAUUUGAAACAAAUGAUCACUAAAAUAACAAAAAUAAAUAAGAAUAUUGUUAAUUCUAAAAUGUGACUGAAAGUUAAAUUUAAAAUAAAGAGUAUUAUGCAGAUUAAAUAUUUAUUUCACCUAUUAUAAAUAUUAAAAAAUUAAAACAUAAAUCUACAAGAAGCAAAAAGAUAUAAAAUUUUUUUAAUUAUUCCCAUAGUUAAGAAAAAGAUCAGUCUAUUUUGUUUUAAGAGUUAAAAAACCAAGAAAAAUCAAAAGAUCCACUUCAAAUAAAAGAAAAUUUUUUUGAAACAUAAAAUAACUCAAUUGCAGUUAUGUAUCAAUAUAAAAGUAAACAGAAUAACUCAAUUGUAAGCAACGAUAAAAAUUAAUUAAACUUAGAGGAAAGCAGCUUAAACACAGAUACGUAUUAUAAUAGACCUAAAGUGAGCUCCAUAUUUAAAAAAAUAUUAGAGCACAAAAACAAAUUAUAAAGAGAAGAAAACAAUGAGAAUAAUUUAGAAAAGGGAAAGUAAGAAAAUUUUCAUUAAAAAUUCAUGAGCUUGUGCUAAAAGUAAUAUGUAAUGUAAUAAAGUAGAGCAUUUAGUAGUUAAUACCCAUAAAAUAGGGAAAGAGCAAAAAUAAUUACUGGCCACACAUAAGAUAAAUAAACUAAAAUUACUUUUUACAAGCUUUAUAAAACUUUAAAAAAAACUUUAAAAGCCUAAGAUUAUGAAUUUAGUUCAGAUAUUUAUUUUUAUUAUUAUGCUCUAAGCUAAGCUUAAUAUUAAAUUUAUAUUAAUAAUUAAUAUACUGCAGCUACUAUCUUAACAAAUUGCUUUGAAAAAUGUAAAUAAUAUUUACCUUAUUUAAAGUUACAAGCUUUAAAUAUGCUACAUAGGAUAUUUAGCUAGAACAACAUAAAAGAAGAAUACUUAGAAUAAAUGAAGAAAUCUUAUGAGUAAUUUCAAGACUUAGGAGGAUGUGUUUGGAUUAAUACAGUAUCAGUAUUAAGACCAUAUUUUUGA